UUUUUCCUUUCGGAGAAGCCUCCUUUGCAGCAUUCCCCCUUCCGAGGAAUCACUUAGACACUUCCAGCUGGUGGCAGGGGAUACAGCCAUAAUACAGCUUCCUCUGUCCCAGCUGUCUUUUUCACUACGCUAAAUGCAUUACGAUGGCUGCACUCUCGUGUAAAGGUUCAGGUAGAGGGAGGUGUAGGAUUAAGUCUGGAGACCGCCGUUGGGGUUUUUAAGGCUUCAGCUUCCCCAGCAUCUUGGCAUUUUGAAUGGCUUCCUGCUUCGGGUCCAAGGUUUCUCUCCACUGAUUGAAAUGCUGCUGGAAGCCUGAUUAAAGGUGCCUGAAGAUAUCACCUUCUACCAGGAAGCCCUGCGUGCUUGAGAGGAUCUUUUUCAAUGCAUUAUGGCUCAUGCAGCCUCACAAUUAAAGAAAAACAGGGAUUUAGAAAUCAAUGCUGAAGAAGAGACUGAGAAAAAAAGGAAACACCGCAAACGGUCCCGGGAUCGGAAGAAAAAGUCGGAUGCCAAUGCAAGUUACUUAAGAGCAGCUCGAGCCGGACACUUAGAAAAGGCCCUUGACUACAUAAAAAAUGGAGUCGACAUCAACAUUUGCAAUCAGAAUGGGUUGAAUGCUCUCCAUCUUGCUUCCAAAGAAGGCCAUGUAGAAGUUGUUUCUGAGCUGCUACAGAGAGAAGCCAACGUGGAUGCAGCUACAAAGAAAGGAAACACAGCGUUGCAUAUAGCAUCUUUGGCAGGGCAAGCAGAGGUGGUAAAGGUCUUGGUUACAAAUGGAGCCAAUGUCAAUGCCCAAUCCCAGAAUGGUUUCACACCAUUGUAUAUGGCGGCCCAGGAGAACCACCUGGAAGUUGUCAAGUUUCUCCUUGACAAUGGUGCAAGCCAGAGCCUGGCCACGGAGGAUGGCUUCACACCGUUGGCAGUAGCUUUGCAACAAGGUCACGAUCAAGUAGUGUCACUCCUGCUCGAAAACGACACGAAAGGAAAAGUGCGUCUUCCAGCUCUUCACAUCGCUGCCAGGAAAGAUGACACGAAAGCUGCCGCCCUGCUGCUGCAGAAUGACAACAAUGCAGAUGUAGAGUCGAAGAGUGGCUUCACUCCGCUCCACAUAGCUGCUCACUAUGGAAAUAUCAACGUAGCCACGUUGCUGUUAAACCGAGCGGCAGCCGUGGACUUCACCGCGCGGAAUGACAUCACUCCUUUACAUGUUGCAUCAAAACGAGGAAACGCCAAUAUGGUAAAACUAUUGCUUGAUCGAGGAGCUAAAAUUGAUGCCAAAACAAGGGAUGGGCUGACGCCACUGCACUGUGGAGCGAGGAGUGGCCAUGAGCAGGUGGUGGAGAUGCUGCUUGAUCGAGCUGCCCCCAUUCUCUCAAAAACCAAGAAUGGAUUGUCUCCACUGCACAUGGCUACACAGGGGGAUCAUUUAAACUGCGUCCAGCUUCUCCUCCAGCAUAACGUGCCUGUGGACGACGUCACCAAUGACUACCUGACUGCCCUGCACGUGGCUGCCCACUGUGGCCAUUACAAAGUCGCCAAGGUUCUCUUGGACAAGAAGGCUAACCCCAACGCCAAAGCCCUGAAUGGCUUUACCCCUCUCCAUAUUGCCUGCAAGAAGAAUCGAAUUAAAGUAAUGGAACUCCUUCUGAAACAUGGUGCGUCCAUCCAAGCUGUAACCGAGUCGGGCCUUACCCCAAUCCAUGUUGCUGCCUUCAUGGGGCAUGUAAAUAUCGUGUCACAACUAAUGCAUCAUGGAGCCUCACCAAAUACCACCAACGUGAGAGGAGAAACAGCGCUGCACAUGGCAGCUCGGUCCGGCCAGGCCGAAGUCGUGCGGUAUCUGGUGCAAGACGGCGCUCAGGUAGAAGCUAAAGCUAAGGAUGACCAAACCCCACUCCACAUUUCUGCGCGAUUGGGGAAAGCAGAUAUAGUACAACAGCUGUUACAGCAAGGAGCAUCUCCAAAUGCAGCCACGACUUCUGGGUACACCCCACUCCACCUUGCAGCCCGAGAGGGGCAUGAGGACGUAGCCGCCUUCCUUUUGGAUCAUGGCGCAUCUUUAUCUAUAACAACAAAGAAAGGAUUUACUCCCCUUCAUGUGGCAGCAAAGUACGGGAAGCUUGAAGUAGCCAGUCUCCUGCUACAGAAAAGUGCAUCUCCGGAUGCUGCUGGGAAGAGCGGGCUAACUCCACUGCAUGUAGCUGCACAUUACGAUAAUCAGAAAGUGGCCCUUCUGCUUCUGGACCAAGGAGCCUCACCCCACGCGGCUGCAAAGAAUGGUUAUACACCACUGCACAUUGCUGCCAAAAAGAACCAGAUGGACAUAGCGACAACUCUGCUGGAAUAUGGUGCUGAUGCAAACGCAGUUACCCGGCAAGGAAUUGCUUCUGUCCAUCUUGCAGCUCAGGAAGGACAUGUGGACAUGGUGUCACUGCUCCUCAGCAGGAAUGCUAACGUGAACCUGAGCAAUAAGAGUGGCCUGACCCCACUCCAUCUGGCUGCUCAAGAAGACAGAGUGAAUGUGGCCGAAGUCCUAGUAAACCAGGGGGCACACGUGGACGUCCAGACAAAGAUGGGAUACACACCGCUACAUGUGGGCUGCCACUAUGGAAACAUCAAGAUUGUUAACUUCCUGCUCCAGCAUUCUGCGAAAGUGAAUGCCAAAACAAAGAAUGGGUAUACGCCGUUACACCAAGCAGCUCAACAGGGACACACGCAUAUAAUCAAUGUCUUGCUUCAGAACAAUGCCUCCCCCAAUGAACUCACUGUGAAUGGGAACACUGCCCUGGCCAUUGCCCGGAGGCUUGGCUACAUCUCAGUGGUGGACACCCUGAAGGUGGUAACUGAAGAGACUGUGACCACAACUACUGUCAUAGAGAAGCACAAAAUGAAUGUUCCAGAAACGAUGAAUGAAGUUCUUGACAUGUCUGAUGAUGAAGUUCGUAAAGCCAACGCCCCUGAGAUGCUCAGUGAUGGCGAAUAUAUCUCAGAUGUUGAAGAAGGUGAAGAUGCAAUGACAGGCGACACGGACAAGUAUCUUGGGCCACAAGACCUUAAGGAAUUGGGCGAUGAUUCUCUGCCCGCAGAGGGCUACAUGGGCUUUAGUCUGGGGGCCCGCUCUGCCAGCCUCCGCUCCUUCAGUUCGGAUAGGUCUUACACCUUGAACAGAAGCUCCUUCGCGCGGGACAGCAUGACGAUUGAAGAACUCCUGGUGCCGUCCAAAGAGCAGCAUCUAACAUUCACAAGAGAAUUUGAUUCAGAUUCUCUUAGACAUUACAGCUGGGCUGCAGACACCUUGGACAAUGUCAAUCUUGUCUCAAGUCCUGUUCAUUCUGGGUUUCUGGUUAGCUUUAUGGUGGAUGCAAGAGGCGGCUCCAUGAGGGGAAGCCGGCACCACGGGAUGAGAAUCAUCAUUCCUCCUCGCAAGUGCACUGCCCCCACCCGUAUCACCUGCCGUUUGGUAAAGAGACAUAAACUGGCCAACCCACCCCCCAUGGUGGAAGGAGAGGGAUUAGCCAGUAGGCUGGUAGAAAUGGGUCCUGCAGGGGCACAAUUUUUAGGGUAACAACUAAAACCACCCCAGCUACAUAAACCCAAAGAACUUGAUAGCCCAGAAGAGUUAGGGAAAAAGCGUAUCUGCAGGAUUAUCACUAAGGAUUUCCCCCAGUACUUCGCAGUGGUUUCACGGAUUAAGCAGGAAAGCAAUCAGAUUGGUCCUGAAGGUGGAAUUCUGAGCAGUACCACCGUGCCCCUCGUCCAAGCUUCUUUCCCAGAGGGUGCUUUAACCAAAAGAAUUCGAGUGGGCCUCCAGGCCCAGCCUGUUCCAGAUGAAACUGUGAAAAAGAUCCUUGGAAACAAAGCAACAUUUAGCCCAAUUGUCACUGUGGAACCCAGAAGAAGGAAAUUCCAUAAGCCUAUCACAAUGACCAUUCCAGUGCCCCCAGCCUCCGGAGAAGGUGUCUCCAAUGGGUACAAGGGAGACACCACACCCAAUCUGCGCCUUCUCUGCAGCAUUACAGGGGGCACAUCGCCUGCUCAGUGGGAAGACAUCACAGGAACUACUCCUUUGACGUUUAUAAAGGAUUGUGUCUCUUUUACAACCAAUGUUUCUGCCAGAUUUUGGCUUGCAGACUGCCAUCAAGUUUUAGAAACUGUGGGGUUAGCCACACAACUGUACAGAGAAUUAAUAUGUGUUCCAUAUAUGGCCAAGUUUGUUGUUUUUGCCAAAAUGAAUGAUCCUGUAGAAUCCUCUCUGCGAUGUUUCUGCAUGACAGAUGAUAAAGUGGACAAAACUUUAGAGCAGCAAGAGAAUUUUGAGGAAGUUGCAAGAAGCAAAGAUAUUGAGGUUCUGGAAGGAAAGCCUAUUUAUGUUGAUUGUUAUGGAAACCUGGCCGCACUUACCAAAGGAGGACAGCAACUUGUUUUUAACUUUUAUGCUUUCAAAGAAAAUAGACUGCCAUUCUCCAUCAAGAUUAGAGACACCAGCCAAGAGCCCUGCGGUCGUCUGUCUUUUCUGAAAGAACCAAAGACAACAAAAGGACUGCCUCAAACAGCUGUUUGCAACUUAAACAUCACUCUGCCCGCACAUAAAAAGGAGACAGAGUCAGAUCAAGAGGAUGAGAACGAGAAAACGGAUAGACGACAGAGCUUUGCAUCGUUGGCUUUACGUAAGCGCUACAGCUACUUGACUGAGCCUGGAAUGAUUGAACGGAGCGCAGGACCAACGAGAUCCCUCCCCACCACUUACUCAUACAAGCCAUUCUUUUCUGCAAGAGCAUACCAGUCCUGCACAGCAGCUCCGAUGACAGUGCCCGGGCCGGCCACGUCAGGCUUCACUUCCUUAUCAAGUUCCUCCUCUAAUACGCCAUCAGCUUCUCCAUUAAAAUCAAUAUGGUCUGUUUCGACUCCUUCUCCAAUCAAAUCCACGUUAGGCGCAUCAACUACAUCUUCGGUUAAAUCCAUUAGUGAUGUGGCAUCUCCAAUUAGAUCCUUUCGGACAAUUUCUUCGCCAAUAAAAACAGUGGUGUCACAGUCUCCAUACAAUAUCCAAGUUUCCUCUGGUACCCUGGUUAGAGCUCCCACAGUCACGGAGGCCUCGCCUUUAAAGGGGCUGGCAUCCAAUUCUACGUUUUCCUCUCGAACGUCCCCGGUGACUACAGCAGGAUCUCUUUUGGAGAGGUCGUCCAUUACCAUGACACCCCCUGCUUCCCCCAAAUCAAACAUUAAUAUGUAUUCCUCGAGUCUGCCAUUUAAGUCAAUUAUCACAUCCACAGCACCGCUAAUAUCUUCACCUUUAAUGUCAGUGGUGUCUCCAGCUAAAUCAACAGCUGAUAUCAUUUCAUCAGCUAAAGUUACGAUGGCCUCUUCUCUCUCAUCACCCGUGAAACAGAUGCCUGGACACGCAGAGGUAGCAUUAGUCAACGGAUCUAUUUCGCCUCUGAAAUACCCAUCAUCUUCAACUCUAAUUAACGGAUGCAAAGCCACUGCCACGUUACAGGAAAAACUUGCUACAGCUACACACUCUGUGAGCUCUGUGGUUAAUGGAGCCACUGACGCAGUUGAGAAAGUGUUCCCGACCACCACAGCAAUGCCGUUUUCCCCACUCAGGUCAUAUGUUUCUCCAGCACCAUCAGCUUUUCAGUCUCUAAGAACUCCUUCCGCAAGUGCACUCUAUACAUCCCUCGGGUCGUCGAUAUCUGCAACUACCUCAUCUGUAACUUCAUCAGUAAUAACAGUGCCAGUAUACUCUGUAGUCAAUGUUUUGCCGGAACCAGCAUUAAAGAAACUUCCAGACUCUAAUUCACUUACAAAAUCAGCAGCAGCCUUGCUGUCGCCCAUUAAAACAUUGACUACGGAGACACUUCCUCAGCCCCAUUUCAAUCGAACUUCAUCUCCAGUUAAGUCAUCUUUGUUCCUUGCACCAUCUGCCCUCAAGCUGUCUACGCCAUCUUCUCUGUCUUCCAGUCAGGAGAUACUAAAAGACGUGGCUGAAAUGAAGGAGGACCUAAUGCGGAUGACUGCAAUACUCCAAACAGACGUGCCUGAGGAGAAGCCAUUCCAACCUGAGCUCCCCAAAGAAGGGAGAAUCGACGACGAAGAACCUUUCAAAAUUGUCGAGAAAGUGAAGGAAGACUUAGUGAAAGUUAGUGAAAUCCUUAAAAAGGAUGUCUGUGUGGAUAACAAGGGACCACCCAAAUCACCAAAGAGUGACAACGGACAUUCUCCCGAAGACGACUGGACAGAAUUCAGUUCAGAAGAAAUAAGAGAGGCAAGACAACAGGCUGCUGCGAGCCAUUCUCCAUCUCCGCCAGAGAGAGCGCAAGUUAAGGCAAAGGCUGCCUCCGACAAGGAUUAUAACUUGACCCAAGUUAUCGAUUACCUAACAAAUGAUAUCGGGAGUAGUUCACUGACGAACUUCAAGUACAAGUUUGAGGAUGCCAAGAAGGAUGGUGAAGAGAGACAGAAACGAAUUUUAAAACCAGCAAUCGCCCUGCAGGAACACAAACUCAAAAUGCCUCCAGCCUCCAUGAGGUCUUCCACCUCCGAGAAGGAGUUAUGUAAGAUGGCCGAUUCCUUCUUUGGAACAGAUACUAUUUUAGAGUCUCCAGAUGACUUUUCUCAACAUGACCAAGAUAAAAGUCCCUUGUCUGACAGUGGCUUUGAAACAAGAAGUGAGAAAACACCUUCAGCCCCACAAAGCGCUGAAAGCACUGGUCCCAAACCACUUUUUCAGGAAGUCCCCAUCCCUCCGGUCAUUACAGAAACGAGAACUGAAGUGGUUCAUGUUAUCAGGAGCUAUGAGCCCUCAGCUGGAGAGGCUCCCCCGUCCCAACCAGAGGAGCCCAUGUCACCCAAACCGUCACCUACGUUUAUGGAGCUGGAACCAAAGCCCACCGCUUCUAGUAUUAAAGAAAAAGUCAAAGCGUUUCAAAUGAAAACCAGUAGCGAAGAAGACGACCACAGUCACGUUCUGGGCAAAGGCAUGCGUGUUAAAGAAGAGACUCACAUAACCACGACCACCAGAAUGGUUUAUCAUUCUCCACCAGGCAGUGAAGGCGCCUCUGAGAGAAUUGAAGAAACCAUGUCAGUCCACGACAUCAUGAAGGCCUUUCAGUCCGGGCGAGACCCUUCCAAAGAGCUGGCAGGUCUGUUUGAACAUAAGUCGGCAGUGUCCCCAGACGUUCACAAGUCUGCUGCUGAAACCUCAGCCCAGCACGCAGAGAAGGACAACCAAAUGAAACCCAAACUGGAGCGUAUAAUAGAAGUCCACAUCGAAAAAGGUAACCAAGCUGAGCCCACUGAAGUCAUUAUUAGAGAAACAAAAAAGCAUCCCGAAAAGGAAAUGUAUGUAUAUCAGAAAGACUUAUCCCGGGGAGAUAUUAACCUAAAAGAUUUUCUGCCAGAAAAACACGAUGCUUUUCCUUGUUCAGAGGAACAGGGUCAGCAAGAAGAAGAAGAACUCACUGCUGAAGAGUCGUUGCCUUCUUAUCUGGAGUCUUCCAGAGUAAACACUCCCGUGUCCCAAGAAGAAGAUAGUCGCCCUAGUUCUGCUCAGCUCAUAUCUGAUGACUCUUAUAAAACACUGAAGCUUUGGAGUCAGCACUCAAUAGAAUACCAUGACGAUGAGUUGUCAGAACUAAGAGGGGAAUCUUACAGGUUUGCUGAGAAAAUGCUUCUGUCAGAAAAGCUAGAUGUGUCUCAUUCUGAUACCGAGGAAUCAGUUACAGACCAUGCGGGACCCCCUAGCUCAGAGUUACAGGGGUCUGAUAAGCGGGCCAGAGAAAAAGUAGUCACUGCCCCCAAAAAAGAAAUUCUCUCCAAAAUCUAUAAAGAUGUGUCUGAAAAUGGUGUAGGUAAAGUGUCUAAGGAUGAGCAUUUUGAUAAAGUGACAGUGUUGCACUAUUCUGGCGAUGUUAGUAGUCCAAAACAUGCCAUGUGGAUGCGCUUUGCUGAGGACAGAUUAGACAGAGGUAGAGAGAAGUUGAUAUACGAAGAUAGGGUGGACAGGACCGUGAAGGAAGCUGAAGAAAAACUGACUGAAGUGUCACAGUUUUUUCGUGACAGAACCGAAAAGCUCAAUGAUGAACUGCAGUCCCCAGAGAAAAAGCCACACCCUAGGAAUGGCAAAGAAUACUCAUCUCAAAGCUCUACCGGUAGCAGCCCUGAGAAAGCACUGCUGACAGAACUGCUGGCCAACAGUGACGAGUGGGUCAAGGCGAGGCAGCGUGGCUGUGACAGACAAGGCUUCCCCAGAGCCGACGAGAAGGACGCAGUCAGUCUGCCCAGCAGCCCGGAGGUGGUUCCUUCCCAACAGACUGAGGAUAGCAAGUCCACAGAGGAAGCCAAAGGAAGUCGUUCACAGAGCAAAGAAUCAGAAGGGCCCCAGUCUGGGUUUCAGCUCAAACAAUCGAAACUCAGUUCCAUUAGAUUAAAAUUUGAACAAGGCGCGCAGGCCAAAAGUAAGGACGUUUCUCAAGAAGACACAAAGCCGGAUGGCCAAUCCAGAAUCCCAGUUAAAAAAAUCCAGGAGAGCAAGCUACCUGUCUACCAAGUGUUCGCUAGAGAGAAACAGCAGAAGGCCACAGACCCUUUGGAUGAUAGUGUCCCUAUGCAAAAAGAUCUUACGGUAUUCAGAGCUAAAGAUGAGCAUGUUCAGAGCCAUGAAACGGUUGUAAAUGAUUUGGGCUCUGAUGAUGUGAAAAAACAGAGAACUGAAAUCUCAAGUAAAGCAAUGCCUGACUAUUUUUCUGAGCAACAGCCUAAGGACUUGGCAUGUCACGUAACCGCAGAAUUAGCAACCAAGGGACCAUGGGACAAAAAGGUCUUUAGAACGUGGGAAAGUCCUGGAGCCACUAACAAUAAGUCGCAGAAAGAGAAACUUUCGCAUGUACUUGUUCAUGAUGUAAGAGAGAAUCACGUUGGUCACCCUGAGAGUAAAACUGUUGAUCAGAGGGAUGAAUUUCUGUCUGUGACUGAGAGAGAACACAAAUUGUUAACAAACGGCUCUCUCUCAGAAAUUAAGGAAAUGACUGUAAAAUCUCCCUCCAAAAAAGUCUUAUACAGGGAAUACGGUGUUAAAGACGGGGAACAUCCAGGUGGAUCUCUUGACCAACCUUCCAGGAGAAGUGAGAGCUCGGCAGUGUCGCACAUCCCAGUCAGGGCUGCGGAGGAAAGGAGGACGCCGUCUUCUGACAUUCCCGAUGGUUUUUGCAAGCAGUCGACAUUUCCAAAACAUGAACUAUCACAAAAGUUAUCCCACUCAAGUAUGAGUAAAGAGACAGCUGAGACACAGCACUUUAAUGCUACAGAAGAUGAAAAAGUUACCUAUUCAGAAAUCAGCAAAGUUUCCAAACGUCAGAGUUACGUAGGCUUAUGCCCGCCUCUCAAUGAAACCGAGCUCUCCCCGACCAAGUCUCCUGAUUCUCUAGAGUUUAGCCCAGGAAAGGAAUCGCCCUCUAGUGAUGUACUCGACCACAGUCCCAUUGAUGGAUUGGAAAAAGUUGCACCACUGGCCCAGACGGAGGGAGGGAAAGAGAUAAAAACUUUACCUGUUUAUGUCAGUUUUGUACAGGUGGGGAAGCAGUAUGAAAAGGAGAUACAACAAGGAGGUGUAAAAAAAAUCAUAAGUCAGGAAUGUAAGACGGUACAAGAGACCAGGGGGACCUUUUAUACAACUAGACAGCAAAAGCAACCCCCUUCUCCCCAGGCUAGUCCCGAAGAUGAUACUCUAGAGCAAGUGUCCUUUCUAGACAGCUCUGGGAAAAGCCCUUUAACCCCAGAGACGCCCAGUUCAGAGGAAGUGAGUUAUGAAUUUACAUCUAAGACACCCGACUCGCUUAUAGCUUAUAUACCAGGCAAACCCAGCCCAAUUCCCGAGGUUUCGGAGGAAUCUGAGGAGGAGGGACAGGCCAGGUCAGCCUCCUUACAGCAGACUGCAGUGGAGGAGCCGGCAGCAGUCGGGCGCCACGCGCCUAGCAGUGUGAGCACAGACUCUAACCAAAGGCUCAGAGCUAACAGGGUUGCCUACAUUGAAUUUCCCCCGCCUCCACCGCUGGAUGCAGACCAGAUGGAGUCCGAUAGGAAACAUCCUUACCUCCCUGAAAGAGAGGCUGACAUGACUGAAGUCAGUCUGCAAGACGAGCAUGACAAGUACCGGCUGGCGGAACCGGUCAUCAGGGUGCAGCCGCCUUCCCCAGUUCCUCCUGGGGCGGACAUCAGUGACUCCAGCGAUGACGAAUCCCUUUAUCAACCAGUCCCGGUCAAAAAAUACACCUUCAAGUUAAAGGAGGUCGACGACGAACAAAAAGAAGUGACAAAAUCCAAAGCCUCCGCUGAAAAGGCUUCCACCCAGAAAGAAUCAGAAAUGAAUGGAUCUGGAAAAGAUACUGAAUUUGGCCUUGGCCUUGAUUCACCUCAGAAUGAAACGGCCCAGAAUGGGAACAACGACCAGUCCAUCACAGAGUGUUCCAUUGCCACCACGGCAGAGUUUUCUCACGAUACAGAUGCCACAGAGAUCGACUCUCUGGACGGCUACGACCUGCAAGAUGAAGAUGACGGCUUGACAGAGAGUGAUUCUAAAUUCCCAAGUCAAACCCUGGAGCUGAAGAAAGAUGUCUGGAACACGGAGGGCAUUCUGAAGCCAGCUGAUCGCUCCUUUAGCCAAAGCAAGUUGGAAGUUAUCCAGGAGGAGGAGGGAAGGGUGGGGCCAGAUGAAGAGAAGCCACCUUCCAAAAGCCCUUCAUCUGAAAAGACUCCCGCUAAGACUGAUCAGAAGUCGGGGGCCCAGUUUUUCACACUAGAAGGCAGACAUCCUGACAGAUCAGUGUUUCCUGAUACUUAUUUCAGUUACAAAGUAGAUGAAGAAUUUGCCACUCCUUUUAAGACAGUAGCUACCAAAGGUCUAGAUUUUGACCCCUGGUCUAAUAACCGAGGGGAUGAUGACGUUUAUGACAGUAAAUCACGGGAAGACGAAACUAAGCCAUUUGGUCUGGCUGUGGAAGACCGCUCUCCAGCCACCACCCCUGAUACAACGCCAGCCCGAACGCCAACUGACGAAAGUACCCCUACUAGUGAGCCUAACCCCUUCCCAUUUCAUGAAGGAAAAAUGUUUGAGAUGACUCGCAGUGGUGCAAUUGACAUGAGCAAGAGGGAUUUUGUGGAAGAGAGGCUCCAAUUUUUCCAGAUUGGUGAGCAUACUUCUGAAGGGAAGUCAGGGGACCCGGGGGAAGGGGAUAAAAGUACAGUCACUGCCAUACCACAGCCACAGGCAGGGGACACCACUGUAGAAACCAAUCUAGAGGGAAAUGUAGAGGCACCUACAGUGGAACCUAACCCCAGCAUCCCGACCAGCGGAGAGUGUCAGGAAGGCACAUCCGGUAGCGGCUCCCAGGAGAAAGCAGCAGCAGCGGCCACUAACACCUCUAAACUUGACCCCAAGUUGCGCACGCCUAUAAAGAUGGGAAUUUCUGCGUCCACCAUGACCUUGAAGAAAGAAGGCCCUGGAGAAGUGACAGAUAAGAUAGAAGCUGUGAUGACCAGUGGUCAGGGAUUAGAGAAUGAACCUGUAACAGUGAUUUCAAAUACAGCCGAUAGCCACAUGGGCGUUAGGCCCCAAGAAAAACAUGAUUUUCAAAAAGAUAACUUUAAUAACAACAACAAUUUGGAUUCUUCCACUAUACAGACAGAUAACAUUACAAGUCACGUAGUUCUGACAGAACAUUCUGCACCCACUUGUACCACAGAGAGAGCUAACCCAGUGAAAAGCUCAUCAGGAAAAAGGACAGGGGUACUGCAAGGACACUGUGUGAGAGAGAAACAGAAAGUUCUCGGAGAGCAGCAAAAGACAAAGGAAUCAAUAGGGAUUAGGCGAAAAUCCAAACUUCCCAUAAAGGCCACUUCACCAAAAGAUCUCUUCCCACCAGAUCAUAUGCCAAACAUUCAUGUGAGUAAAAUGAAGCAGGUUAGUCAAUCUGAGAAAACCAAAACCCUUACUGCUUCUUCACGUGUAGAUGUAAAGUCCAGAAUUCCAGUGAAGAAUACACACAGGGAAAACACAGGUUCAGUUAGAAAACCGUGUGCUACACAAAAGCAGGGGCAGCCAGACAGAGGCAAGGCCAAACAGCUUCCAUCCAAGUUGCCAGUAAAGGUAAGAUCCACCUGUGUCACCACCGUCACCACCACCACCACCACCACCACAGUUAAAGUUAGGAAAAGUCAGCUUAAGGAAGUAUGUAAACACUCCAUUGAAUAUUUUAAGGGAAUUAGUGGUGAGACCUUAAAGCUUGUGGACCGCCUCUCGGAAGAAGACAAAAAGAUGCAGUCCGAGUUGUCCGAUGAGGAAGACAGUACCUCGAGAAACACGUCGUUGUCCGAGCCUUCCCGGGGUGGCCAGCCUUCGGUUACAGCGAAGUCUGCUAGAGAUAAGAAAACAGAGGCAGCACCUUUAAAAUCAAAGAGUGAAAAGGCCGGCAGUGAGAAAUGGAGCAGUAGGAGGACUGGUCCACAGAGUCCAUGUGAACGGACAGAUAUCAGGAUGGCAAUAGUAGCCGACCACCUGGGACUUAGUUGGACAGAACUGGCAAGGGAACUGAAUUUUUCAGUGGAUGAAAUCAAUCAAAUACGUGUGGAAAAUCCAAAUUCUUUAAUUUCUCAAAGCUUCAUGUUAUUAAAAAAAUGGGUUACCAGAGACGGAAAAAAUGCUACAACUGAUGCCUUAACUGCGGUCUUGACAAAAAUUAAUCGAAUAGAUAUAGUGACUCUGCUAGAAGGACCAAUAUUUGAUUAUGGAAAUAUUUCAGGCACCAGAAGUUUUGCAGAUGAGAACAGUGUUUUCCAUGACCCUGUGGAUGGUUGGCAGAAUGAGACAUCAAGUGGAAACCUAGAGUCCCCUGCUCAAGCUCGAAGAAUAACUGGUGGGUUACUAGAUCGACUGGAUGACAGCCCUGACCAGUGUAGAGAUUCCAUUACCUCGUAUCUCAAAGGGGAACCUGGAAAAUUUGAAGCAAAUGGAAGCCAUGCAGAAGUCACUCCAGAAGCAAAGACAAAAUCUUACUUUUCAGAAUCCCAAAAUGAUAUAGGGAAACAGAGUACAAAGGAAACUCUGAAACCAAAAAUACAAGGUUCUGGUCGUGUUGAUGAACCAGCAUCAUCACUAGCGGCAUAUCAGAAAGCUCUAGAAGAAACCAGCAAGUUUGUCAUAGAAGAGCCUAAACCCUGUGUGCCUGUCAGUAUGAAAAAGAUGAGUAGGACUACUCCUGCAGAUGGCAAGCCAAGGCUUAACCUCCAUGAGGAAGAGGGAUCCAAUGGGUCUGAGCAAAAGCAGGGAGAAGGUUAUAAGAUGAAGACGAAGAAAGAAAUCCGGCAUGUGGAAAAGAAGAGUCACUCAUAACAGUAAAUGGUCAGUCAAGGUGGAUCAUAUUGUUUUUAUUGCCAGUAUUGAGAAAUUCAUGGAAGAUAAGUCAGCAGGAAGUAAAAAUUUACGGAGAAGGGUGUGUGUGUUUGCUGCUUCCACACAUUAAUGGCAUGAUUUUUUUUUUUAUGCACAAAGAAAAAAAGGAAAAGAAAACCACCCACAUUUUAAUUUAGCAUGAGCCAAUUUACAGAGCAUGAAAAUUCACUUUCAUUCCCAGGAUUGGCACGUGUGCAAUUAGCAAUGCAGUGUAUAUACGAGAAGCCAUGCUGUUACCAGUUUAUCUCAAGUAAUUUGGUGUCAUUUACAAAAGGAAGAAAUUCCUGCCGCCAGAAGAGACAGAAGGAGAUGGAAUGAUCAAAUCAUGGAGAAACACUAAAAUUACUAAAAAUCCACAACAGCUCGCCUUAUUUUUCUUGGACCCAAACUGUCAGGGUAUAAACACUAUUUGUUUCUUUUUUAAAACAUCUAUAGUUUUGCUGUAAAUAAUAACACUGUAUAAAUUCUAACAGAAAAAAUGGAAUAAAUGUCAAUAAGGCACUGCCUCUUAGAACACAAAGAGAAUAUUGCAGAUGCAUUUAACAUAACGGGGGUCUCAAGUGACUUCACCCCAAAAGAAGGAGGAGGGGUGAUGGGUAGGGGGAUCUUCACCGAUUCUUGUAUAUUAGCAAUUAUAAUGUUUGUAUACGCAAAACUGCUAGCUUGAUUUUAAAAAACAAAUCUUUAAAAUCUGCUGCAAAUUUAAAUAAUUCCCAAAAUGAGGAAUUCUGUAGUUCUGUGAAAAAAAUUUUUCUUCAGAAUACUAAUAUUUUGAUGCAUGUGUAUCACCUUAUUUUGAUUAAAUCUUUUCCAAUUUUGCAAACACUACAGUAUACUGCAACACAGAAGAUUUUAUCUGUAAACACAAAGCCCUUCAUCUAAUAUUUGUUGCUAUUGCCAAUUUUUCAAUGAAAUGACCUAAAAAUGAAAAAAAAAACCCUAUACGGUAGUUGCUUUAGGGGGAGGGGGGUGCUGGUAGUGCUUAAAAGGGUAAUGCUUGCCGCUUUAGAGGUGGAUGGUGCUCAUAAGAGGCCCCUGUCAGGGGUAUUUUCAGUGGACUGCACAGAAAUUCUUAGCUAGUAGAAUGGCAGCACGCUGUAAACUUAUUCCUGUAUCGUGUACUGGCUGUAAGAUGUAGACACCUUUCAGUAAGCCAAUCAUUUGUAACCAUUCUAGCCAUGUCAUAUUAGGUUAAUAAGGCUGCUGUGUUUUAAAGGGCAUUUUUAUUUGGGUUUUGGUGAAAUUCUUUAAUUUGUUGAUUAUAUUCAUAUAAAAUCAGCAUUUAUUGACACAUAGCUCUAAUGACAUAUGUAUGAGAAACCAUACACUGGAUGACCUAGUCGAUUAUUUAAGCAUAAAAUAAAUUGUGUUAAACUCUUCA